GCAGCAGGCACAGAGGGAGAGGAAGCAGAGCAUGUAAGAGAAGGAGGGAGAGGUGGGAAGAGGUAGGUAGACAGAGAUGCAGUACCACAGUGUGUGUUUCUCCGAGGCUGUCAGCAGCGCAACUCUUCAUCCUCUCGUCAGGGGCAGUGAUGUGUUAUGGAGCUCCGAUGCACAGAUUCUCUGCAGAAGCAGGGGAUGCAGAUAGAAGUUCACCUUGAGCUGGAGUCUAACAGUGCCACUCUACACCUCUGGGAUUACAAGAAAUGCUCAUUGAUCACAACACCAAGAACAACAGAGAUUUAAUCGGAUCUGACAACCUGCCAAACCAAAAGUGGCUCCAGAAUCUUUAACUUUUGGAUUAUAGUCAGAUUUAUACCAGAACGUCUGACGGAGAGGCUCUAAACUGCCAAUCCAGAGCCAGAAAUCAAACAGGUACUUUCUUUGGCAGAAACUUGCCAGCUGUCUCUAGACCUGACAGCAAACAGAACCAAUACUGUGACAACCACUCUUCACACUGGAACCCCGCAAAGCCACGACCAAGCAGGUCCUGCAGCCCAGGGACCCUGGAGCUGGCCUGACCUUGGACCGGCUGUCACCGGAGCCCCUGCUGGCACCAGCAGAAACGUCCAGCAUGUCUCAGACCGGAGGACGGUUCCACAACAAAAAGGCUGGCAUCCGGGCCGCUGUGAUCCUCAUCGGACUCCUGCACAAGUCUCGUAAAGCCAAGGAGAAGGAGAGAGAGAAGGAGGAGAGCGAAGGGAAACAGGAGCUGCUGAACAUUUCCAACGUCCCUCUGGGAGAAUGUCCCCCCUCACCGCCCCGUACUGCACCGCCCAGCAUGAAGUCUGCAGAGUUCUUCGAUAUGCUGGAGAGGAUGCAGGUUCCUAAAGCUGAAGAGACCAAAAGAUGGAAGGAUGACUAUAUCCCCUACCCACGGAUAGAAGAUGUCCUUGAGAAAGGUGGUCCUUACCCCCAGGUAAUCCUGCCACAGUUCGGGGGUUACUGGAUUGAGGAUGUGGAGGCACCAGCAGGGACCCCCUCCUCCUCAGAGUCCAGUUUCUGUGAGGAGGAGGACGGAGGAGAGGGCAUGAGCCCUGGUGGGGGGCACAGCUACCGCCUGGAGUGCAACAGCACAGCCCGAGCCUACCGCAAACACUUCCUUGGCAAGGAACACAUGAACUACUACUGCACGGGCAGCAGCAUAGGCCACCUCAUCAUGUCUUUGAAACACGAGGAGGCUGAGGGACAGGAGUACCUACGCAUCAUGCUCAGGUCAAGGAUCAAAACAGUCCAUGACAGGAUCUCUUUAGCAGGCAUAAACCAGCUGCCCAGUGUACCCCAGAUUGCCAAGCUUCUGUGUGAUGAUGCCACAGGGCUGAAGUUCAACCCGGUCCUAUACCCUCGGGGAUCCCAGUUGAUAGUGGCUUAUGAUGAACACGAGGUGAACAACACUUUCAAAUUUGGAGUCGUCUACCAGAAGUUUGGACAGACGUCAGAGGAAGAACUGUUUGGGAACAAUGAGGAGACACCAGCUUUCAAGGAAUUUCUCAGUAUCCUGGGCGACAACAUUGAACUCCAGGACUUUAAAGGGUUCCGCGGUGGGCUGGAUGUGUCCCAUGGACAGACAGGGUCUGAAUCUGUCUACACUGUCUUCAGACAGAGAGAGAUUAUGUUCCAUGUGUCAACCAAACUUCCCUUCACUGAGGGAGACGUCCAGCAGCUCCAGAGGAAAAGGCACAUAGGAAAUGACAUCGUGGCCACAGUCUUCCAAGAAGAGGCCACACCGUUUGUUCCUGACAUGAUCGCCUCCAACUUCCUGCAUGCUUAUGUCCUGGUGCAGGUUGAUAACCCCUGUACAGAGCACACAACAUACAAGGUGUCUGUUACAGCCAGGGAGGAUGUGCCUCCUUUUGGACCCCCUCUCCCGAACCCAGCUGUCUUCAGAAAGGGUCCUGAAUUUCGAGACUUCCUGCUGACAAAGCUGAUCAAUGCCGAAAACGCUUGCUACAAAUCCGACAAAUUCGCCAAACUAGAGGGGAGAACGCGAGCCGCACUGCUUGACAACCUCCAUGACGAGCUGCACAGACAGAGCCAGGCCGCGCUGGGUCUGGGCCAGGCCGGGGAGGAGGACAAGCUGGAGAACGGGGGACACGGGGGUCUGCUAGAGUCCUUCAAGAGAGCCAUGCGUGUCAGAAGCCACUCCAUGGAGACCAUGGUGGGGUCCCACCGUCACAGGAGCCCCGGGGUAGGAGGUGGGGUCCCAGCGAGCGUGAGUGGAGGAGGACUGCCGCAGAGCACCAGCGAAUGCACAAAGAGCACCUUCACUCCUCCUGUGUUGUCAGCCAAGUCUCCUCUGAAGAGCCCAGUGAAACGGCGUUCAGGGCUCUUCCCUCGUCUCCACUCCAGCACAGACACCCCAUCGGACAAACACACACGCAGCGACCAAAAGCCUGCAGAGACCUGCCCACUGUCCCAGGAGGUGAGGUCAGAGACAUCAUCCAAUCCGAGCUCACCUGAAAUCUGCCCCAACAAAGAGAGGCCGUUUAUCAAGCUGAAAGAGUGCAGCAGCGGCAGGCCGAACAUCUCCCGUUCUUCAUCCAGCACCAGCAGCUUCAGCAGCACCACAGGAGAAACAGAAGCUCUGGAAGAACUGGAGACAGCCAGCCAUCCCUCUAUAGCGUCCUCCUCUGCCUUCAGUCCUGCCCUCAGUGUCGACAGCCAGGGAUCAGGUACCCCUGUCAUCAUGUGCCGCAGUCCAACAGCAGAUGGGAAAAGUAAGACGUCACCGAGGUCAAACUUGAAGUUCCGCUUUGACAAAAUGAGCCAUUCGUCGACUGCUCCUGAGUAGCUUUGUGGAAUGGAAAUAACAGAAUUGCACAACAAAGGGACCGCACGGGCUGACGGAGCUGCAAAAAAAAAAAAAAAAAAAAAAAUCCCAACAUCAACCACAAACUCACUGUAGAACCGCUUCCUUAAGCCACGGAUAAUCUGACAAGAUUACCAACUGCACCAGAGUCCCCACACACUAUAAACUAACUGACAAUACUGUGAGUGUAUAGUGCGGAGAAGCAGCUGACAUGUUGGCUUUCUUUGUAACCAACCUUUAGCCACAUAAACGACAUACUUUGCCAAUGUUACAAGUUGCUGCAUCUCAGCUGUUAAUUGUUCACAUCACAUGGAAGUCCUAGCAUGGCUGUAAUACUGUGAGUGUAGGCCGAGCGCCACUCUGCCUCAGCUUUUCGUCAAACGUCUUGUUUUAUAGAGAGACACAGUGAUCUAGAAGUAUGGUAACAUGAGACUAUGGCUGAACUGUUAUUUUUAUGUAGUCAACUGCAGAGUGCUCAGUGGAAAAAGAUGUCUUUAAGAAUUGUCACGUUCCCUUUUGCCUUUGCCCUCGAAUGGUACGUCUGGGAACAGUUCCUCUUUGACUCUAAAGAGAGUACGCAGACACACACAUGCACAGAAACAUAAUGUAGACUUACAGUAGCAACGUUUUGGAGGUGACAACACUGGGAGUCUCAGUACUCCACUGUUAGGAUCUGAGCUUGUUCUUUGCAUAUAAAAAUGCUAUUCUAGGGAACAUGUUUGAUUUUGGAGAGGCUUUUGUAACUUUGCUAGAUGCUGCAUUGUGUCUGCUGCACUAUAAACAACACCCAUGACAGCAUUUCUGUAUCUGCAAGGGUAACUUCAAAUCCCUGAACUCAAGUGCUUGGUUAGUGGAAUUUAGCUCAUAUAGGGCACAGUAGGAGACACUGCCAACACAUUUCGCCAUAAGCUUAUUUUAGCCAAAGCUGCGCCUUACAAUCUAUCAAAAGCCCUGUUCACCACUGAUGCUCUCACUCUCUCUCUCUCUCUCUCUCUCUCUCUCUCUCUCUCUCUCUCUCUCUCUCUCUUUCUCUCUCUCUCUCUCUUUCUCUCUCUGUCUCUCUCUCUCUCUUUCUCCUUCUGUCUCUCUCACUAUGUGAGAGGACAAGAAUCUUCUGGAUCCGGUUACAGCACAGUUGUGGGUAGCCAAUCAACACCCACAUUUGCUGAAAAUAGACGUUGCACUUACUGAAAACAUUUCACCUUCUGAUACCUCCCAUUGAAGCUUGCUAGCUCGGUGUAUCUGCGUUUAUGUUCGGCGGAACUUUCAACCAGGAAAGUCUCCAGGGUUUGAAGUUCCCCAGCAUGUGAGCUGAUGAAGAUGACUUGAAAAAGAUGCUUCAGGUUAAAUGAACCUUUGAACCACCUUUGGCAAAAACACUUUGAAUGUGAACUUUGAGCUUUUUUGUAUUUUUUGAUUUCAAGCUUUGUUAGUUGUUACUAUCUUCUAAGUACAUUUCAAAGCCAGUUGCUUACAAGCACAACAGGACAAUAGGUCUAUUCUAGUACACAACUAUACCAUAGCAUUAGCCUGCACAAACUAGAGUGAGCAGAGCAAAGUGGGAGCGUGCUAAUAAAGAAAAAGCUUGAAAGACACACAUAUGUUUUCCUACGGUAUGUGACCAAACAACCAAGCUAGUAGGUCUUUGGAAGAAUGUCUAUGUACUCUUACUGUGUAGAAAACCAUUCCUGUUCCUGCUGACAGGACGGCUUAAUAGUGUGUGAAGUUGCGUCAAAUGGAACUCAAAUCCCAGAGGGUUUAAAAUGGUCAGCUCACCCAGAUCUACUUUGUAAUAGGUGACUUUUUAACUUGCCAGGAAUCUGUUGAGUUUCUUGAGAAGUACGCCUCUGAUAUAACUGGACUAGAACCAGAUGUGUGUUCUGUUAGUGUACACCGGUGAUUACCUCGAGCAAGGGAAGCAGGGACAGAAAUCAUACAGAUGCGGGAAGUUCAGAUGUCAUUUAGUUUGUAGCAGGUAUUGCCUAAACUGCCCUGCAGCCUUUUCUCUGUUAAUAUGCUUAAUUUAUUACAAUGAUAACUUCUUUUGCAUUGAUGUCAUGUAAAAAUGUAACUGCAGAGUACGCUAAAUAAUAAGAUAAAAUGAUUAAAGGAAAUAUAUUAAUUUAAAAGAUGUCUAAACAUGUAUAUGUAUAUUUGGUUAUGUAACGUGCCAUUGAGAAUUUAUUCUAAAAUAAAAUGUUGUAUUUUGUGUCA